GCACAUAACCUACAUAGAAGGCUGGUGUCAUUCCCACGACUGCAUCGUGGUCGUGACAAGGGACAUCAUUGUUCAGAACAAGUCUGCUGAGGAGGCUUAGCUGCACUUCUGAUGCCACUGGUGGAUGGUUGUAGUCUGAUGCUGAUCUGAUGAAAUCUCCAACCACUGGUGCACCGACAUUUGCACCUGAAUGCACACACUUCCAGUGUGUUGCAGCCUGACGCCUCACGUUGAAGCAUUAUGACUGAAUUUCACCAGAAUUGGAGUGCUGGGAGAUGGCGAUGUAUCGCAAUAGCCUUGUCCCUUAUAGCCCUGGCUUUAGUAGCCGCUCUCAUUGCUGUCUGCGUGAUGAAGGACAAGAGGUUUGAAAGUCAGGUGGUUGGUGAUUGUGGAGAAAGUUUUGGGGAGCCCGAUAUUGACACAUCAGAGGCAGAUGAACCUGGGUUGUACGAUGACCUUACAGUGAAGGAACUCAAAGCAAUCCAGGACUAUCUAUACAGCCUGAAAAUGCAGUUAAAUCUCGAGAAGCAAGCUGAAGCCACAGUCAACGCUAGCUACAUAUAUGUGUCAGAUCUUCAUCCACCCUUGAAAUCAGAAGCUCUGUCUUACUUAAGUGGUUCUGGUCCUAAACCAGAAAGAAAAGCUCGAAUUGUGAUCUUCAGAGGUGACGCUGUCCCUCCUGUGUCAGAAGAAUAUAUUGUUGGUCCUCUCCCAAAUCCCAACAGUUGCAAAUUGUUAAGCGUUCCAGGACGUAAAAAUCCCGUUCCAUAUGCCUACAGGCCGAUAGGAUAUGUCGAAUUUGGGACAUACUACAUGAAACUGUUCCCAGAGGUAGACAAAAAGAUUGGUUUUAUUUUGAAGGAGAGUUAUGGUGCUACAUUUACAGACUGUGGAGACAGAUGCCUAAAUUUCUACCCAGCGCCUGUAGGGACUGGAGUAAGUAAAGUUAAGGUGAGGAAGAUGUGGUUCACAACAAGUCAUUUUGUUGAGUAUUAUGACCUGAAUCCUGUUGAUUUCCUGAUGCUUGCAAAUGUGGAUUCUCAAGACCCUGCACAAUUCUUCAUUGAGAAGCUGGUAUAUGCUGGCCAGGAGUACACGAGUCUUGAUGAUCUCGCCACUCAGUACAGAGCUGGAUCAAUCCCCAAGUCAAGGAUACCAUUCCCCGAAAACAUAGAAGAAUUGAAGUCGUCAUUGCACAGAAGAGGUGAUCCUGUCCCGAAGAAGCCACAGAGAGCUCCCCGAAUGUAUGAACCUGACGGUAAGCGAUACAGUGUACACCACCGUCAUGUGGAAUACAUGCAGUGGGCCUUCGACUUCAGAAUGUCCACUUUAAGCGGUCCACAAAUUUACGACAUCCGAUUCAACAACGAAAGAAUUGCAUAUGAAGUCGGCCUGCAGGAGAUAGCUGUCUUUUAUGCGUCCAACAACUCUGCUACACGAAGUGCAGAUUUCAUCGACAGUGGUGCUCUUAUUGGCACCCACUCUCAAUCUCUGGUUCCAGGUGCGGACUGUCCAGAGACAAGUACAUUCUUUAACUACUCCUAUUUGGGCGAAUCUUCUGAGGAGCCAGUUCUUCUCCAGAGAGCCUUCUGUUUGUUUGAACUGAACCAAGGACUUCCUCUUCGUCGACAUCUGUCAUACAGUAAGGUUGAGGGUGGCUUCUAUUCCGGAAUGGAGGACAAUGUCAUAGUUCUCAGAAGCAUCAUGACCAUUGUAAACUAUGAUUAUGUGAUUGACUUUAUAUUCCACCAAAGUGGAGCUAUGGAAGUUCGAGUUCUAUCAACAGGGUACAUAUUCGGCUCCUUCUAUACCCCUAAAGAGGAUCCGUAUGGCUUCCAACUGAAGGAAAAUACCAUUGGUAGUAUUCAUCAUCAUCUCUUCCUCUUCAAAGCUGACGUUGACAUUCAUGGACCGAACAACAGAUACGAGACCCUUGACAUAUCACGUGACGUUUCCCCCAAUUCGCAGACGACAAACGACCCCAACUCAAAGUACUUUCAGAUCAAGUAUGAGCGUUCUCUCAAGACGACUGAAAUGGAUGCAGCCUUUAAGUUCAACUUUGAGAAGCCAAAAUACCAUGUGUUCCACAACAACGACAAGCCAACCAAAUUUGGGGCAAUGAAGUCUUACAGAAUCCACCUCGACGGAAUGACGAAAGUGCUUAUCCCUGAGGAUGAAGGUAAUGAACCAGUUAUUACAUGGGCGAGGAACCAGAUGACGGUCACCAAGUUCAAGGACGACGAAAGAGAUGCCAGCUCCGUCUAUGGCUUGUUCGAUUCCAUGGAACCCACAGUUAACUUCACAUCGUUUUAUACUGACAACGACGACAUUGUUGAUAAGGACCUGGUGGCAUGGAUCAGUAUGGGUGUCCAUCACAUCCCCCACACCGAGGACAUGCCCAUCACCCCCACCCCCGGGGCACAUCUCAGCUUCGCCCUGCUUCCCUACAACUAUUUCGAGGAAUGCCCGUCCUCCCAGUCACGUGACUCCAUCAGGGUAGAAUACAAGGACAGCCACCACCCCGAGAAGGGAGCCCGGGUGGUUAGAUACGGUAACGCGGAGAAGCCACGCUGUAUCCCCAACGCUCCAGACUACGACGAAAUGGUGGAGCGAAACCCGUCAUGCGCAUUAGAGGUGUAGAAUCCCAAAGCAAAAUGGAGAUUUGCACUUCAAAAACAACAAUACUGAUCCAUCCAUUUGAAUAUUUUUAGGGUUUUAUUCAGCAGACUUUAUUCAUAAUUAAUCAAUUUGCUGGGGCGAUGACAACUUGAUGCCUGGAUGUAAUUCAACUGCAUAUUAUCCCACUAAAAUUAUUCAUUGAAAUUGCCAACUGACUUAUUAUAACAGAAGAAAUAUGACGCUAAGGCGUCACUUGCUUUAAGCAACAUCUCAUAUUGACUCUAUCCAUCCAGUUGGAAGGUAAGAUUGCUUAUCUUAUUAUCCAAACUCCAAUGAAACAGCAAUGAGUGUGUGGGCAAGUGACCACGGCGUGUCAGUUUCAUGUUGGAGGAAGGCCAGAGCUACGUAGCUCCAAGAGAUCAUUUUCAUGAAAUCCACGAGCAUAGGUAUGCUGCCUACAAACCAAGAAUCAUAUUAAGAUCGUAUCUAGAAUUCGAACUAAGAAAAGCUGAUCCUGGCACGUCUAACACCAUCUGGUUAACAGAAAGUGAACACGUUCAGGCCUUGUUUCCUUUGAAAUGACCACUGUGAUUUGGCUGAAAUACUGUUGAAUAUUGUCUUGGUGUGAUACUUGUUGAUAUAUAUCGUUGAUACUUCUCUUCUUCUAUAUACAAAUAGUACUCUUUGUUGAUUACAUUUUAUGUGUAUCUGCUUAAUCUCCAUCAACAAUGUUGUCAAUAUGUUUUAACAAACUAAUCUAAUUCCUUGUAAGAGAGUUGUGUAUUAUUCAGAAAUAUAUUUUUAACGUAU